UCUGCGGGGGCGCAAGAUGGCGGCGGGCGAUGCGGUUGGGAGGUACCGCGGCACGGUGGGCCGGAGCAAAGACCCCUCGGGGCUGCUCAUCUCGGUUAUCAGGACUUUAUCGAGCAGCGAUGACGUGGAGGACAGGGAGAACGAGAAGGGGCGUCUGGAGGAGGCGUACGAGAAGUGCGACCGCGAGCUGGACGAGCUGAUCGUGCAGCACUACACGGAGCUGACCACGGCCAUCCGCACCUACCAGAGCAUCACCGAGCGCAUCACCAACUCCCGCAACAAGAUCAGGCAGGUGAGAGCCAGCCCUCGGGGUUUCUGUGUCCUGGCAGCUCCCCAGGUGUCAGCAGUGGAUUCCCUGGAGGGUCCCCUCCUGCAGGUGGAGGGGCUGAGUGACCUGAGGCUGGAGCUGCACAGCAAGAAGAUGAACCUGCACCUGGUGCUGAUCGACGAGCUGCACCGGCACCUGUACAUCAAAUCCACCAACCGCGUGGGGCAGCGCGGCAAGGACAGAGCCCGGCUCGGGUCCCUUGUGAAAGAUGCCUCUCCUGUGCCUCUGAUGGAUGUCACUAAUUUAUCUACACCUCGGAAAUUCCUUGAGACUUCCCAGUUCAGUACUCCUGGAAGCUCCAGCAUGCGAGACUCGAGCCUUCUGGAAAUGAAAGAGGACACAGACCUGGAUCCAGAGGAGAACAGUGCUGUCUUCAUGGGAAUCCUCAUCAAGGGGCUGGCCAAGCUGAGGAAAAUCCCAGAAACAGUGAAAGCCAUCCAGGAUCGCUUGGAGCAGGAGCUCAAGCAGAUUGUGAAACGCUCCACCACUCAGGUGGCUGACAGUGGUUACCAGAGAGGAGAGAAUACUUCCCAGGAAAACCAGCCUAGGUUGCUGCUGGAGCUGCUGGAGCUGCUCUUUGACAAGUUCAACGCCGUGGCCGCCGCGCACUCGGUGGUGCUGGGCCACCUGCAGCAGACAGUGGCCUCCCCCUGCAGCCAGCACGAGGGGGACAUCAAGCUCUACGACAUGGUGGAUGUGUGGGUGAAGAUCCAGGAUGUCCUGCAGAUGCUGCUGACCGAGUACCUGGACAUGAAGAACACGCGCACGGCCUCGGAGCCCUCGGCCCAGCUCAGCUACGCCAGCUCCGGCCGCGAAUUCGCCGCCUUCUUCGCCAAGAAGAAACCCCAGCGACCCAAAAACCCUCUCUUCAAGUUUGAAUCCUCAUCCCAUGCCAUCAGCAUGAGUGCCUACCUGAGGGAGCAGAGGAGGGAGCUGUACAGCAGGAGUGGGGAGCUGCAAGGAGGACCAGAUGAUAACUUAAUUGAAGGUGGUGGGUCCAAGUUUGUGUGCAAACCAGGAGCCAGGAACAUCACCAUCAUCUUUCACCCCCUGCUCAGGUUUAUCCAGGAGAUUGAGUUUGCCAUGGAGCUGGGCCCAGCCAAGCAGUGCCCACUGAGGGAGUUCCUCACCAUGUACAUCAAGAACAUCUUCCUCAACCAGGUCCUGGCAGAGAUCAACAAAGAGAUCGAGGGAGUCACCAAGGCCUCGGAUCCCCUGAAAAUCCUGGCCAAUGCUGACACCAUGAAGGUCCUGGGAGUGCAGAGACCUCUGCUGCAGAGCACGGUGAUCGUGGAGAAGACAGUGCAGGACCUGAUGAACCUGAUGCACGACCUGAGCGCCUACUCGGACCAGUUCCUCAACAUGGUGUGUGUGAAGCUGCAGGAGUACAAGGACACCUGCACCCUGGCCUACAGGACCAUCGUGCAGUCGGAUGAGAAGCUGGUGAUCAGCGCGUCCUGGGCCAAGGAUGAUGAUAUCAGCAGGCUCCUGAAAUCCCUGCCCAACUGGAGCAACAUGGCUCAGCCCAAGCAGCUGAGGCCCAAGAGAGAGGAGGAGGAGGAUUUUAUAAGGGCUGCUUUUGGCAAAGAAUCUGAAGUUCUGAUUGGGAAUCUGGGGGACAAACUGAUCCCCCAGCAGGAGAUCCUGCGGGACGUCAGCGACCUCAAAGCCUUGGCCAACCUGCACGAGAGCCUGGAGUGGCUGGCAGGACGCACCAAGGCAGCUUUCUCCAGCCUCUCAGCAUCCCAGACCAUGUCCCCAUGCCAGGACAGCCUGGAACACCUCCCUGCAUCCGAGCAGAUCCUGCAGAGCCUCAGUGAGCUGGCCAGGUCCUUCCAGGAGAUGGCUGAUCGCUGCCUGCUGGUGCUGCACUUGGAAGUCAGAUCAUGUCCAGAGGAGACAAAUAAACUUGUCCAUGGCAGCAGCAGCAAAGGGUUGGGCCACCUCAUCUCCUGCAUCCUCAUCAACGGCGCCCACUACUUCAAACGCAUCAGCGAGUCCGGCAUCAAGAAAAUGUGCAGGAACAUCUUCAUCCUGCAGCAAAACCUGACCAACAUCACCAUGUCCAGAGAGGCUGACCUGGACUUUGCCAGGCAGUAUUACGAGAUGCUCUACAACACAGCGGACGAGCUGCUGAACCUGGUGGUGGACCAGGGCGUGAAGUACACGGAGCUGGAGUACAUCUACGCCCUGAACCUGCUGCACCGCAGCCAGACGGGCGUGGGGGACCAAACCACGCAGAACAUGAGGCUGCAGCGCCUCAAGGAGAUCAUCUGUGAGCAGGCUGCCAUCAAACAGGCCACCAAGGACAAGAAAAUCACCACCGUGUGACCCCCCCCCCCCC